CAACCGUAGUUUUAUCAGAGAGGAGUGGGCGGUCAAGCUCUCAACUCUUCUCCAGCAAUGGCAGCCUCCACGGAGACUUGUCGCCGCCCACAUCCGCCGGUGACGGACAACAACCUGCGCAGCCACCGCCUUCACCAACCUACGGCAUGGGGAGCCUUCUUUCUUGGUUUCAGGCCAUGCACUCCAACGCAGUGCCAGUCCAUGAAGAACAAGGCUCAAGUAAUGAAAGAAGAGCUAAGGACGACGAUACUAGAUUCAGGUUCUGCUGAUCUGUCUCUGAAGCUUGAGCUUGUGGAUACGCUGCAGCGGCUUGGUUUGGACUAUCACUACAAGAAGGAGAUUGAUGAUUUUCUGUGUGGGAUUCAUGAGGCCGGUGAUGAAGCCAACGAUCUUCACACGACGGCUCUUCGGUUUUAUUUGCUAAGAAAGCAGGGAUGCAAUGUUUCACCAGAUGUAUUCCUAAAGUUCAUAGAUGCCGGAGGAAACAUUACUUGCAAUGACACAAGAAGCCUAUUGGACAUGUUCAACGCUGGCCAUGUUCGAACCCACGGAGAAGAAACACUCGACCGCGCGAUUGUUUACACCAAAUAUCAUCUCCAGCGUUUCCUGGAGCAAUCGCUGUCACCAUCAGUGUUGCUCGAUGAGGUGCGCCACGCGCUAGAAACGCCUCUUUUCAGGCGGCCUAGAAGAGUUGAAGCGAGGCACUACAUCUCGGUUUAUGAGAGAACGAGUACAAGGAACGAGGCCAUCUUGGAGCUAGCGAAGCUCGAUUUCAGUAUUCUGCAAAGUCUGUAUUGUGAGGAGCUGAGGGAUCUUACACUGUGGUGGAAAGAACUCCAACUCCAAGAGUGUUUGAGCUUCGCAAGGGACAGGAUGGUGGAGAUGCACUUUUGGAUGCUAGGUGUUUUAUUUGAGCCACAACAUUCAUACGGACGAAUCAUGCUCACAAAGCUCUUUACAUUUGUGUCGAUAUUCGAUGACAUUUACGACAGCUACAGCACCUUAGAAGAAAGCAAGCUCCUCACCAUAGCAAUGGAAAGGUGGGAUGAGGAAGCCGCUGAACAACUCCCAGGGUACAUGAAGUUCUUUUACCACAAAGUACUUGCGACCGUAAAGGUCAUCGAAGAAGACUUGAAACGUGAAGGACAUAAGCAUUCUGACUAUGUAAAAAAGCUACUAAUCGAUGCUACGAUUUGCUACUACAACGAGGCAAAAUGGCGCGAGGAAGGCGACGCGCCUGCUACCGUUGAGGAGCACCUACAGUUCUCUAUGCCUAGUAGCUGCUGCAUGCACGUACCGGGUCUUGCCUUCGUCGCCAUAGGCGCCACCAGCGACGCCAUGGACUGGGCCAUGACCUAUCCGAAAAUCAUACGAGCUUCCUGCAUCGUGGGCCGCGUCAUCAACGACGUAGCUUCACACGAGCGAGAGCGGGAGCAGUACUCCGGGCAGCAGCAAGGCAUGUCGACGGUGGAAGCAUGCAUGAAGGAGAACAACUACACCUCCAAGGAAGACGCGUACCACAAGCUCUGGGAGCUCAUAGAGGAGUCGUGGAUGGACAUCACCGAGGAGCGCCUGAGGCCGCCGGCCUGGCAACCGGCGGCGCCGCUCCUGGAGGCGGUGGUGGAUGCGACUCGCAUGCUGGACUUUCUGUACAAGGAUCACGACGCGUACACUGCCCCACAAGCGCUCAAAAGGGUGACAGAUUCCAUAUACGUGGAUCCUAUAUAG